CCUGAAACCGGAAGCGGAAAUGCGCGUGUCCCGCUGGCCUCCAUGAAAAGUCGCUUCCAAGCUGCGGUGUGAGCCAAGAUCCAUCUGACAGCAGAAAUGAUAUCCCUCGUUCCAUGUCCCCUGUCGAAUCCAGCUUGAACUCCUGCAGUUCCCUAUCGAUGUACUGCUGUAACCACUUUUGAAUGAUCUUCAGCAAGAUGUUACUUGUCCCAGGUAUGACGCAGGGAGAACUAGUCCAGUGUAGGCACCUGGGGACCUAGGAUGACCAUGUUGCACGUCUGUAAAUCACAGGUAACGAUUUCAACUGCUCUGACUGGUGUGUGAACCAAACAUUCAUCUUCCUCCAAACUGCCUGUUGGCUCUACUUCUACUCCUAUCCCUCUUCCCGAGUGACAUCUUGGGCUCAGAGAGGAUAUUCGCUUUAGACUCCAGAAGCUGGAGCAAGGACAUGGACUCAGUGGUCAUUGAGGAUGUGGCCGUGGAGUUUACCCAGGAAGAGUGGGCCUUGCUGGAUCUUGCGCAGAGGAAACUGUACAAAGAUGUGAUGAUGGAGACCUUCAGAAACCUGGCCUCAGUAGUUUCUCAAAACCUUAGUGAUGGAGAGAAGUUAUCCAGUGAAUAUCUAGUAGUGGAAUUCGUGAAGAGUGACACUUUGUCCUCCAUCUUAGGAGAUAUCUGCAGAUUGCAUGGCAUUGAAGAUGACCAUAAAAAUCAGGGGAGACGUUUGAGAAAGCCUAUGGUAAAGAACCUCCUUGAAAGUAAUGAAGAAAAUCAAGGUGGAAAAACUUUCAGACGGAUUUCAAAUCUUACUGUGUUCAAAAGAACUCCUACUGUUGUAAAUUCUUCUGAAUGCCAUGAAUCCUUCAUCAACUACUCAUCACUUAAGCAUCAUAUCAGAUCUCCCUCUGGUUGUAAUAUUUAUCAAUACAAGAAGUAUAGAGAAGCCUUCAGUUGUCCCUGUGACCUAAGCAGUCCUGUAAAAACCCUUAUUGAAGGGAAACCCUAUAAAUGUAAGGUGACAGCACCCCUUGGAGAGAAACCCUAUGAAUGUAACAAACGUAAGAAAGACUUCUGUAGUUUCUCAUCUUUUCAAACGCAUGUGAGAGGUUGUAAGCAUGAAUGUAAAGAAUGUUGGAAAACCUAUCCCUCAUCACACCUUUUACAUAAAAAAUUUCGUAAUGGAGAAAUGCCUUAUGAAUGGAAAGAAUGUGGCAAAGUCUUCAGUCAUUCCUCAUCCCUCAUUAUACAUAUAGGAACUCACAGUGGAGAGAGGCUUUACAAAUGUAAGGAAUGUGAGAAAGCUUUUAGUAAGUCCUCAGCACUAACUUCACAUAUAAGAGUUCACACUGGAGAGAAGCCUUAUGAAUGUAAGGAAUGUGGAAAAGCCUUUAGUCAUUCCUCAACCCUUGCUACUCAUAUAAGAGUUCACACUGGAGAGAAGCCUUAUGGGUGUAAGGAAUGUGGGAGAGCCUUUAGUAGUUCCUCGUGCCUCACUAGACAUAUAAGAACUCACAGUGGAGAAAGGCCUUAUGAAUGUAAGGAAUGUGGGAAAACCUUUAGCAAUUACGCAUCCCUUAUUCAACAUAUAAGAACUCAUAGUGGAGAAAAGCCUUAUGAAUGUAAGGAAUGUGGAAAAACCUUUAGUCAGUCCUCCCAUCUAACUAGCCAUGCAGGAACGCACAGUGGAGAGAGGCCUUAUGAAUGUAAGGAAUGUGGGAAAGCCUUCAGUCGGGCUUCAUACCUCACUAAACAUAUAAGAACUCACAGUGGAGAGAAGCCUUAUGAGUGUAAGGAGUGUGGAAAAGCCUUUAGUUUUUCUUCAUCCCUUACUAGACAUAUAAGAACUCACAGUGGAGAGAGGCCUUAUGAAUGUAAGGAAUGUGGGAAAGCCUUUAGCGAUUACUCAACCCUCAGUCAACAUAUAAGAACUCACAGUGGAGAGAGGCCUUAUGAAUGUAAGCAGUGUGGAAAAGCCUUUAGUUGUUCAUCAUCCCUCACUAAACAUAGAAGAACUCACAGUGGAGAGAGGCCUUAUGAAUGUAAGGAAUGUGGAAAAGCCUUUUAUUUUUCCUCAGCCCUCGUUGCACAUACAAGAAUUCACACUGGAGAGAAGCCUUAUGAAUGUAAGGAAUGUGGAAAAUCCUUUAAUCAUUCCUCAGCUCUCGCAACACAUAGAAGAGUUCACAGUGGAGAGAAGCCUUAUGGCUGUAAGGAAUGUGGAAAAGCCUUUAGUUAUUCCUCAGCUCUCGCUACACAUGUAAGAGCUCACACUAGAGAGAAGCAUUUUGAAUGUGAGGAAUGCAAGAAAGUCUUCAGUCGUCCCUCAUCCCUCACUAUUCAUUUAAAAACUCACAGGAAGGCCUUAUGAAUUUAAGGAAUGUGGGAAAGCCCCUAGUGAUUCCUAAGACCUCACAAACGUAUGAGAAUACACAGUGGAGAGGGAACUUAGGAAUUACGGAAUGGGAAAGCCUUUAGUGACCCCUCAUUUGCAUUGGGCAGAUCUGCAAAAGACCUCUUUAAAGUGUUAAAAAGCAAAGAUGUCACUUUGAGGACUAAGGUGCGCCUGACCAAAACCAUGAUAAUGUUCAGCCACCUCAUAUGCAUGUGAAACCUGGACAAUGAAUAAGGAAGACCAAAGAAGAAUUGAUGCCUCUGAAUUAUGGUGUUGGCAAAGAAUAUUGAUUAUACUGUGGAGUGCCAGAAGAACAAACAAAUCUGUCCUGGAAGAAAUACAGCCAGAGUGCUCCUUGGGAGCAAGGAUGGUGCAACCUUGUCUCACGUACUUUGGAGAUGUUAUUGGGAGAAACAGUCCCUGGAGAAGGACAUCGUGCUUGGUAGAGGGUCGGCGAAAAAGAGGAAGACCCUUGACGAGAUAGAUUGACAUAGUGGCUGCAACAGUGGGCUCAAACAUAAUGAUGGUGAUGAUGGUGCAGGACUGGGCAGUGUUUUGUUCUGUGGUACAUAGGGUUCUUAAGAGUCAAAACCAACUCGACAGCACCUAGCAACAACAACAACAAACAUCCUUACUAGACACGUUAAACUCACAUUGCAGAGAGGACUUUUGAAUAUAAGGAAUAUGGGAAAGUAUUCACUCCUCAGUCCUUACUGACUCUCAGUAAACUCACAAUGGAGACAUGAAUAUAAGGAUUGUGAGAAAGCUAUUACUCGUACCUCUUAUCUCACAGAACCCAAAAGAAGUCAGUGAAAAGAAGCCUUAUGAAUGUAAGGAAUGUGAGAAGUCUUUAGUUAUUCCUUUUUCUCUGUCCAAAAAAACAAUCCAAACCCAUUGCCCUGGAGUCAAUUCCGACUCAUAGAGACCCUAUAGGACAGAGUAGAACGUCCCCAUAAGGUUUCCAGGGAGUACCUGGUGGAUUUGAACUGCGACCUUUUGGUUAGCAGCCCAACUCUUAACCACUAUGCCACCAGAGUUUCCAGUCACGGUGGAGAGAGUCCUUGUGUAUCUAAGGAACAUGGAAAACUCUUCAGAUGUUUUACUUAAUUCGGAACACAUCUGAGUAGGUAUACUGGAGAGAAACAAUGUAGGUUUAAGAAAUACUGGAUGGCUUUCAUCCCUCUUCUUUUUCCCAAACCUAAAAGAAGAUACAUGGCAGAAAAACCAUGUAACUAUAAGGAAUGUGGGACAAAUUUUGUUUGCCUCCCCAUACUUUCAAAGACUUUUGAAUUCAUGCAUAUGAAAACCCUUCACUAAUUAACCCUACUGAACAUGUGAGAAGUCAGUCACACAGGAGAGACAUCAUGUAAAUGUAAUAUACCUAGGAACAUCUACACAUGUUUUUCCAUUCUGCAGGAACUUGUGACAGGAUUGAUUGCAUUAAUGUAAAAGGUGAUUGAAGACUGCUGUGUCACUUCUUCAGGUCACCUAUGAGACCUGACACACUGGAGAGACCCUAUGACUAAGUUUUGUAAUAAAGCCUUCACAGCAUUUCCCUUCUGAUGCACAUCAGUGGAAGAAUCUCAGAAAGUUAGAAAUAUGGAAUUUACCACUGCCUUAUGCAUUAAUUUCUACUCUGUAUUUUCUGAUGUAAACAUUAAGGUGAAAAUAAUCACUCUAAGUCCACUUUCAGUCCUAUGGCAUGAAUUUUGAUAAGUAGUGUUUGUAUUUUUGUUAAAAUCACACUAUUCUUGAAGUUUUUCAUUAUUCCUUUCGUCCUUUCUUGUGUGCACAGCAUUGGUUUUAACAGAUUAAGGAUUGCACCAUAUGUUUUAAUACAAAAUCAUUGCACUGAGUGCCCCUCUCUCAAAUGGGGGUUUGAGUAGCAGCGUUUACAUGGAAGGAUAUCUCAUUCUGUGGCCCAAAUCAAUGAUGGGCCCACACAGAGUCCCACCUGAUCUAGCUGCAAUGGAAGUUCUGACCUGCACAGACACAGAGCCUGUGCUCAGUGACAGAGUCCUGGUUUUGAUCAUUCUGAUAGUCCAAGAGCAUACACCCUGCCAGGAGCUAAGGCUGUAGUUGCUGGGCUGCAAUAUUGGAUGCUGAUCCACCUGGUGUGAACACCCCCUAUAGGGAUGGAGAAGAUGGGGGCCCUUUUAGGGUUCCUGUAUUAGUGGGGCAAGCACCUGUUGGGUCUAGAAGUCUUUGCAGCUCUACUCUGCCCUUUGCUGGGCUGGGAGCAGGCUCACUUACUCCUCACGUAAGGGGCCUACGAAAUGGUAGCUGAAGGUAGCAGAAGCCUUCAAAUUAUAUUUUCUCUUAAUCCAUCAGUUCCUCUUGUUUUGUCAUCUCAUGGAAAUCCCUGGGCACCGUGAUGGUGCCUAUCAAUAAUAGUGAUAGGUAGUGGAUACCAUGAGAGUCGGUAUCCACCAGGAAGCUUGUAGUUAGAUAAAUGCCUUGCCACAUAUCAGAAUAUUGAACUGCCACUAAGUGAGUGUCUUCAGGCAUGUUUGGACCAAAGGAGGGGAAAUCACAGCAUAAUGUGCGGAAGCCAGAUGUGUUCUAACGCAAGGAAUCAUCUAGAUUCCUUAGGAAUGAGAAUCAGCACUAGCACAAAGUUGGUUCCCAUAAGGUGGUCAGACUUUCCAAUUUGUUCAGCAUUUCUGAUAGCAGCCAUUCCUCCCAUGGCACACACUACUGCUCUGCUGGGUUCAAUAAUUUGUUGCAGUGGCUACACAGAGCUCACAGGUGAUAUGCACUGUUAUGUGGUUUAUUGAGGGAGUUACAGGAUACAAUUUAGGAUGGGAUCAAUUUAUCAGUGAGGAUAGCUUCCAACCAGUACAGCCCUCUCACCUCAUCUCUGUGAUGGUAGCAGACCCUUCUCAGCCAAGCACAUCUCUCUGCCUUUGACCUCCUUGCCCUUGGCCUUUCUGCUGCUAACUGGCCCAACUCAUAGCCAGUGUAGCAGCCCACUCAACUCUCUUAGCUGCUUUUCUUUCCUAGCAGCACCUUUCUGCCUUUAUCAGCAGUUCUGCCACCAGCUCUGUGCUCUGCCCUGGGCCCCUUUUUGGGCCUUGUACCAUCCUCAGUGUUAUAGCUCUUGACCCGUAUUACAACUCUUUUAGGAGGUUCCUUCCUCCUCUCUUUUUGUAGGGCUGCCACUUAUAUAAGCAAACUCCUUGUCAAUUUCAAGGCAUGGCUCUGCAGGACCAUGACUGAACAGUGCCCUCGGUGGGCUGCAAGUCCACUCAGUCUGGUGGGUUUUAAAGUCGCUAUUUGAAUAACAUAUCGACCAACCCCUGUAAUAUACGUAAAAUAAACCAAUGACAGGUCAACAAACCAAGGGCCAGAACAGCCAUAUAUAAGAGGAACCUAUUGCACUGCAGCGAGGUAUAAUGUAUACAUAAUGGUGUCAGUUCGUAAGACAUUUACAUAUUAGUGUUGCACAUUUAUGAAUGUCAACAAACCAUCUUAUAUAAAACAUUUCAUCCUAGAUCGUUAACAAAGAUCCUCCCCUGAAGGUGAUGUUAUGAUUGCUUCCUUGUCUCAGUUUUCAAUUUUUUAAAAAUCGUUGUUCAUUUUUUAUGGAAUUUUAAUCUUUUUUUUUUUUUAAUUUAAAAACAAUAAUUUACUUUUAGAAUCAUAGUUGACAAAUGCAUGAGUCUCAUAAUCAGUUGAAAAUAAAAGUAUAGAAUAGUACCGCUCUUUCCUCCAAAAUUUUACCUGGUGCUGCCCCUUUUUCAUCAAACCUUCCCCAUGACCAUGAAUCCCUAGCAACUGUCCCUGCACAUACCACACUGUACCUUUUUUGAUUCUGGCUCCUUUCCCAUAGCAUAAUGCAUUGAGUGUCAUCCACGUUGAUGAGUGAUCGCUAGCUUGUUCCUUUUAAAUGCUGUGUAAGUAGUCCAUUGUUUAGCCAUACAUAGUUUGUGUAUUUUACAAUUGAAGGACAUUUGUAUUUACAGUUAUUGUGAAUAAAGGUGGUAGAAGCAUUCCUGAACAGGUUUUAUAUGAACUUAAGAGUUUUCAUUUUUCUCGUGUAUGUCCCUGGAAGUAGGAUUGCUGUCAUGUGGUAGGUAUGUUUAACUACUAGAAACUGCCCGUCUGUUUUUAAAGAGGCUGUGCUGGUUUGUAUUCCAAUGAGCAAUCCAUAAUUCCAGUUAUGUUGCAAUCUAGACAGGCUGAUUUCUGGUUCAAUCUAGUAGUAUAUUCUUUGGCACUGGUGUCAAGGGGGAACAUUCAGGUGGGUGACUGUCUUAUUAGUACUGGUAUAACAGAUACCGCAAGUGGAUGGUUUUAACAAACGUAAGUUUAUUUUCUCGCAUUUCAGGAGGCUAGAAGUCAAAAUUUAGGGUGUCAGCUCUAGGGUCGGCUCUCUGUCUGCUCUGGUGGAAGGUCCUUGUCUCUUCAGCUUCUGCUUCUCAGUUCGUUAGCAUUCUUCAUGUGGUGUGGCAUCUGUCUUCCCCCCAUCUGUGCUUUCUUCUGUGCCUAAUCUGAUCCUUUUAUAGCUCUGAAAUGAUUGGUUUAAAACACACACCCUACACUGACAUGGCCUCAUUAACAUAACAAAUAAACCUAUUCCCAAUAAGAUUACACUCACAGGUAUUGUUAGGUGAGUUGGUUCUGACUCAUAGCAACCCUGUGUACAAUAGAACAGGUAUGGGAGUUAGGAUUUAUAACACAUGUUUUUGGGGAACACAAUUCAGUCCAUAACAGUGACUCAUUUGACAGGCAUACCCACAUUUGCUGAGAAGAGGAGGUGCCUUGUAGCAAUCCGGAUUAGACGAUAGGCCCAUGUGUAUGGGACUUUGGGCUAUCCCACCACCGCCACUGCCAGCCUGGUCUGAACCCAGGGCCAAGCCAAGUCUGCUACUUGUUUGUGUUUUUGGUUGUUUAAGAAUGGUUAUGGAAUUUUGUCAAAGGCAGUUUUCAUCAACUAUAGAGUUAAGUGAGUGAUUUAUUUUCUUGGCUCUGUUAAUAUAUAUGAUGUUAAUGAAUUUAAUCAACUUUGCAUGCUUGGUAUAAAUCCUGUUUGGUCAUGGUAUAUCCUUAAUGUGUUGAAUUCGAUUCACUAAAGUUUUAUUUACUGUUCAGUCAUUGAUAUUCCUAAGUGAUACUGGUCUGCAAUGGGGUUAUUCGGUAUUUGAGAUUUUACUUUACUGUCUUAUCAGAUUUAGGUGUCAGUCUCAACAGGGUGGUGAAGAAUCACAAGAGAUUUGGGAUGUAAAGUGCUUAACUCCAGAAGAGGAGGCUCUGCCCCUUGUCUGCCCUGCUCUAGCAAGCCGGAACCCAGAGCUGAACCCAGUGCCCCAUUGUGUUAUGUGAUGACGGUGUGCCCACCAGUGCUACUGCUCUCAGGACACACUCAACAUUCUGGUCUCUCUCCUGGGGUGGUUUUAGAAGGAACAGCAAUUUAUAUUGGAAAUGAAUGUGUUGAAAAUAAACCUUAGAUUUUGAGUCAAAUGUCCUUGGAAAGGGAAAAUGCCCUUAUAGCAAAAUAUUGUGCAGAUACCUCCUGGAGGAGGGCCCUGAGGCACGAUGCCAGUGUCAGUCCUGUGGUGAACGGGCAUUGCUUACUCCUGGGAGAGCUGUGACAAAGGGCUCUGCUUUGUCACUCCCACCCUCAUGGCCUUGAGGGCUUUUCCCAGCAGUGUCCAGUGGGGACAGGACCCUGGCUGGGCUACAGGGACAGAGAAGGACAGCAGCCAGCCUGGGGGGCCAUCUGUCAUCCAGAUCCAAGGCCGUGCACCCACUCCCAAACCUAUCAGGCAUUGGAAGGACAAAGUCUGAUAGAAAUGCAGCUCGUGGCCUGUGACUUCUCACUGGGCACAGGCAGCUCCCACUGUCUCUCCUCUGAGCCCAGAUGUGAGCGUCCGAUUUAUCAGAGCAGCUCCAUGUGGAUGUCCAUGCCGCUCCUUUUUCCUAUGCCAUUCCUCCUCCCUAUCCUGAUGUCACUACUCUGCCCAUGUCAUUUCCUGGGCUUGUCCUUGUCUCCUAGUCCACAUUCCCCACCCCACCUGAAACAGAGCCUGAUCCCUUGAGUCCAUCCCCUUAUUUCCACCUCCACUUUUGGCACCAGAGUCUGAGCCUGAUGACCCUACCUGGGCCAGCCCACCAGCCUCAGGCAGGCUGCUUGUCACCUGGUACUCCUUGUCAUCCACAUGCAGUAUGGACAGCCUUCCCCAAACACAGGUGUGACUGUGCCAUGGCCCUGUCUGCGCCCUCACAGCCACCCUCAGUGGCUGGGUGUCUGAGGCCUCCCAGGUCUAUUCCUCCCUGCCUCCCUGGACUCACACUAAGGCCCAGAGGAGUAGAAGGGCAUCCCCACCGCAGGUCCUGAAGUGAGAGACGAACCCCGGGCAGGUGAGGGGGCUUCUGGGGUACUGCUCUGAGGCUGUGCACAGACCGAGCUGGCUCUUUCCACUCCAGCUCAUGAUGCCUGGACUUAAUACAUGUGCAUCACCCUUGGCCCUCUGCCCCCACACAGUCUCACUCCUUCACACUAGGCCCACUCAGCCGUGUCUCUGCUCACAAUGCACUGUCCUUUCCAGAGCUUGAAAGGCCUGGGUAGACAGAGAAUUGGUUCUCGCUUGCCUGUCCACUCUAUCCCUUCCU